UUAAGUACACAUUAUGUGACAUUAGGUAAAGUAUAAAAGCAGGGCUCAUUUUUGGAACUUCACAAAAACUUCUUCUGAGAUUCUAAACUUUAAAAUCUAAAGGUUCAUUUCAGGUUCAUGAUGGCAAUGCUGAGAAGUCUAAUUCUUCUUUUCGUUAUCUUCUCCAUAGGAAAUGCAGAUGUUCAUUUAGUUGAAAAAUGCCCCACUGGAUGGACAAAUUUUGGACUCCGGUGCUACAAGUUCUUCUCUCAGACGGUUAACUGGAUCACAGCAGAGAAAGCCUGUCAAAAUCUUGGUGCGAAUCUCGCAUCUGUGGAUAGUAAACCGACAAAUGAUUUCCUAAUGAGUUUGUUGCCUUCUCCUUCUACAUUAUGUUGGAUUGGUGGUCAUGAUGGUGUACAAGAAGGACAGUGGUUGUGGAGUGAUGGAACUGUGUUUACUGGCUAUAACAACUGGUGCUCUGCAGAACCUAACAAUGCUGGUAUCGAGAACUGUUUGGAGAUCAACUGGACCUCUAACCGUUGCUGGAACGAUCAGCCCUGUUCAGUCACAAGGGGCUUUGUUUGUGUUGUGGAUGUGUGAGACCAUAUGCAGCCAUCCUGCGACACAUGUAGCCUACUUUGAUUGUACUACAUUUGAUUUUUCUCAUCUUAUCUUUACAAAAAUGUCAUUUUGAAAUGAAAUCUCUUCAAAAUUUGAUUCUCUUCUCAAUAUUUUUUCUGAAACACUCUUCAAAUUAAUAAAAACAUCGAUGAAGCAAAACA